AUGGUUUUAAGCGAUUCUUCUUUAGAUGUUUUGUUCGUCCCUAUCUCUAUUUCUUAUGAUAAAAUUCUUGAAGCAGAGUCCUUCCCUCAAGAACUACUAGGAGAACCGAAGAAAGCAGAGGAGUAUUUGAUGGGUCGGUGGAGCGGCGAGCCGCAGCUGCAGCAGCUUUUAGGGGCUCUUCGUCUUGCAUGCGUUUCACCCUUAGCUCAAUUUCAAUCUUUACCUCCUUUAGUAGGACAGCCCCGUCUCCUUAGCCCUCAGCAGCAGCAGCAGCAGCAGCAGCAGCAACAGCAGCAGCAGCAGCAGGCUACAGAUGCUAAGAGUUGUGCAGCUUUGAGGGCUCGCGGGGCUCUGCCAGUUAUAGAGGAUUCAGUUAAGCGGAAGAUAUGCGAGGAUUUAUCUUUGCUGUUGAUGGGUCGGCUGAGCGAGGGUUUGUAUAUAACGCCUACGUCUUUGGUUUGCACUGUCUUAGCUCUUCAUAGAGAAGGAAUUAGAGAAGAAGACCUCGGUUUUUUUUACUUUUUACUCGCGUAA